UCUAAUAUACGUAACGGUUCUAAUCAAUUUCUUUUAUUUAUUUCCACUUACUUUCAUUUGUUUUAAUAAUGCUCUCGAAAAAAGUUGAUAAGAAACCUCUUGUUGAAAGCAAAAAGUUCGGAACUAAAAGAAGAAAUAAUUUAGAUCAUAUUCCCGAGAAUAGUACCACUACUACCGAACAUAUUUCUGCAUUUCCCUUAUCAUAUAAUAAAUCACAUAAGAAAAUUAAACUCGCCGAAGAAUAUGAUUUAUCAAAUUCUAAUGAUGAAUUGGAUUUAUUUUUUAAUAAAUCUAUUCAUGGUAAAAAUGCUAAAAAUGCUAAAAAUAAUAAAAAGAAAGAUCCUUCCCCAGAACGAUUUAAAAGGUCUUCGUCUAAACGAUCAUUGGGAAAAAAAAAUCGAGAAUCUCAAAUUCGACCAAUUGAUACAAGAAAUCAAAAAUCUUCUCCUAAUAGAUCCUUUGGACAAGCCUCAUCACAUAGAUCGGAAAUAUUUCAAAUGCCUUCUUUUAAAUCAACUUCGAAGAGCGAACCCAAAACACAACCGAUGGAAAUAUCACAAUCGAUCUCGCAAUUUACAGAAUCACCGAUAAAUACCUGGGAAAUAUGUGCAGUUAAACCCAUAAUCGUGAUUACUGAUAAUGUUGACGAUGAUGAUGAUGAUGAACGAUCCAAUACAAGAUCAAAUAGAAAAAAUUCCAACCGUCUAUCACUCACUAAAUCAAAUGAUACCGAAUCAUCUAAGGCCGAAUUAAGAACAAAGGAUGUUCAAUCAUCUCGUAUUAAUAACUUUUAUGACCCUGGCAAGAAACGUGACGAGAAAACUUCUUGGAAUAAGAAGAAAGGAUUACAUGAUCCUUCAUCUCGUCAAAUUUCAAAUGUCUAUGAUCCCAUAUCAAUUUCGGAUGAUGAAAAAAAUAAUGGUUCAUCAAAUACAAGCCAUGAUGAGACCGAAGCAUUUAUUGAUCGAUUUAGAGCCCCCUCGCCCAUAAGAAAUAAAUAUGAAAAUUUACCAGAAAUGGACUUUUUAUCUAUAGAAGAAGAAAUUUUACCGAUACAAAAUAAUUCUUGGAGAAAAAGCGAAGAAUAUAAACUUUGUCCUUUCUGCAAAGAACCAAUUCCAUUUCCACUACCAGAUCGUAUCCGAACUUAUUUGAUUAAGAUAAAUUCUUUGACCCAAGAUAAAUGGUCUAAUAAGGAACAGACACCAUCACUAUCGAUACUUCUUCAACGUCCGAGAAACGUAGUAGAAGAAUUUGAGUUUUGUCGAUUACAUGAGUCAGAAGCUCUCAUCGUUCCAGAAGGUCUCAAAAAAAACUAUCCAAUUAAUAUUAAUUUCGAUAUUCUUCCCAAACGAGUAAAGAAGUUGAUUCCGGAAUUGAUGUUGGUGAUAAAAGGGGAAAUAAAUAGUUCAUACAGGAAUAUUGCAUUAAAUGCAUAUCGGAAAUAUGGUAGAGCACGAGCAAGAAAGCCAACUAUUUUGAUGGGAAGAUUUCAGAAACUUCAGCCCGGAUAUUAUGGAUCUAAAGGAGCAUAUAAAAUACUUUCUACUCUUGUUUCUCUCCUCAUGAAUACAAAUAUCCUUACAAUGGACAUGACAAAGCCACAAGAACCUGUGGAAUAUCUUCAACAAGUACUUGUUCCUGAAACUGCAAUUAGACUUAUUUCCCAGGAUCGUGGAGGUAUUUCUUUAGAUGAAGCAAAAAAAGUUAUGGAAGAUAGUAUAGAAUUCGGAAUGUACGUACAUGAUAUUGAUGAAGAAAUUGAUUAAAAUUUUUAUAUUUUUAUUCAUGUAGUUUUAAAUAUAGCACAAUUUUAUUAAUAAUAUUAAUGAUAUUAUUAAUUUGUUAUCACCUAAGUUAUUGUUAUCAUGUUCUAUUAUUAUCUAUAACGUUAUAAGAUUCCUUUUUUAUAUAAAUGAUUCCCCGAAGAUUUGUUUAUACUUGCUAAUCGUGUGAUUUAAAACGCGAGUGAAAUAUGUUAUAACAAAUCUAGAUUACUCAGAUUAAGGGUCUUACGUUACAUGAAUAUUGGGUAAUAAUUACCUAUGUAUUGUUUGAAUUGUUGCUUCUUUUUCAAAUGCAAACAAAUUUCUUACGCGAUUCAUAAGGACUUAUGAAAUUUACGGGUUAAUAUUAAUUUGGGGUUUGUUUUUUUUUCUUUUUGGAUGAAUGAAUCAACGUGUGAAUAAAUGAUGAUCGUUGCAUAAAGUUGAUCUACUUCGCGUAAUAAAAAAAAAACUUAUCAUAAAAUUC